CUCGGCCCCGCGGAGCGGCGGCGGGUGCUGAGGGGCGCGGAGGCGGCGCGCGUCGCGUCUGAGGGCGGCCGGGUGUGCCCGCCCGUGUGAGUCUGUGUGCGUGCGUGUGCGCGUGGUGGGAGUGCGAACACCGGGAAUCCCGUUCUCCAGCCCGCGCUGCGCUCAGGAAUCAUUCAGGCUUCCCCAGCUUCGGUGCUCCGGUGCCACUGACGCGCUCACGGCAGGAGCUGGAAUGCUCGGGGGACGGGGCUCAGCCCUGGCAGCCAGCCCGCCUCCCCCCCCGCCCGGCGCUCCCCUGGGUCUGUCCCGGCCCCGCACCGGCGGCGCUCGCGGAGGGGCGGCGGGGGGCGGGGCCCGCGUUCUCCUUAGGGCGCGGCGGCGCAGCCCAUUGGACAAAAGGCCCGGAGCGCGCGGCCGCAGCCAAUGGGAGCCGUGGCCCCACUUGACGCACGGGCGGGACCGGGGGCGGGGCCUGGCUCUUCAAAGCGGGAGGCUCGGGGCGCGCUCCCGAUGCCCCGGUCGCGACACGGCCGUGACCGGCCUCCCCGGGUGACGACGCCCAUGAACCCCACGGGGCCCUGAGCGCAGCGGAGGUAUGUCGCUGGAGAACGGUGUAAGUCGACAGCAAAGAUGGAGGGGAAGGUGGUGAUAAUCACAGGAGCCAACACAGGCAUCGGGAAGGAGACUGCCAGAGACCUCGCACGGAGAGGUGCAAGGGUGAUCAUUGCUUGCAGAGACAUUGCAAAGGCAGAAGCUGCAGCCAGUGAAAUCCGAGCUGAGACAGGGAACCAGCAAGUCAUUGUGAAAAAGCUGGACUUGGCUGAUACAAAGUCCAUCCGGGAGUUUGCUGAGAAAUUUCUAGCAGAGGAGAAGGAACUCCAUAUUCUCAUUAAUAAUGCUGGGGUAAUGUUAUGCCCUUAUUCCAAGACUGCUGAUGGCUUUGAGAUGCAUAUGGGAGUCAAUCAUCUUGGUCAUUUUCUCUUGACUUUCCUCCUGCUGGAGCGUCUGAAGCAGUCUGCCCCAGCCCGCAUAGUGAACGUGUCCUCGCUGGCUCAUCACGGAGGCCGAAUCCGCUUCCAUGAUCUCCAUGGUGAGAAGAGCUACAACCGUGGCCUCGCCUACUGUCACAGCAAAUUGGCUAAUGUGCUCUUCACCCGGGAGCUGGCGAGGCGGCUGCAAGGCACUAAAGUCACAGCAAAUGCUCUCCAUCCUGGUUCUGUCUCUUCUGAGUUGGUCCGGCAUUCAUUUGUAAUGACUUGGCUGUGGAAGAUAUUCUCCUUCUUCUUGAAGACACCUUGGGAAGGAGCUCAGACCAGUAUCUACUGUGCAGUAGCUGAGGAACUAGACUCUGUGACAGGACAGUAUUUCAGUGAUUGCCAGCCAGCAUACAUAUCUCCACGUGGCCGGGAUGACGAGACAGCAAGGAAGCUCUGGAGUGUGAGCUGUGAGCUCCUUGGCAUCCAGUGGGACUGAGCAGCGCAGACCUCCUGUGUACCUGUGAUGCUUCUCUGGGGAAGAGCACUGCAGAGAGACCUCAGGAGUAGAAUGCUGUAGUUCAGCUGCCCCAAUGAUGGCUCCAUGGGCACAACCUACUUUGAAUUUCUGGAAUACUACACUUAAGAAUUGAGAUUUGUAAGUAAUCAUUCCCUUUUCCUAGCUGGAGAAUUAAAGCACUGAUACAGGGAGCAACCUUUGCUUGGUAUCUCUCACAGCAGCCCAAGGCUAUUGUCCUCUGGCUUUAGAAUAGAAAGGGAGGUUGGAGUCUUAGGUUUAGAUUGUGAAGAAAAAAAAAAUUACCUUAAAUAAAGUUUGAUUGUGGUUUUUUUCCUAACAGCAAUAGUAAAAAGGUAGGACUCUAAACUUAUUACCUAGGGUUAUGUUCAGUUCCUACAGUUUGACUUGGCAGAGUGAAAGUACUCUAGGAUAUUAGAUUUUCUGGCAAGUAAAUGCAAUACAAAUGCUCUCAAGCACACAGAAACAGGUGUGGGCCUUUCUGUGCCAAGCAAUAGGUAAAGUUUCUAAGUGGAAUAAUUUUUCUGUCUAAGUAGUUGGAGCCUAGCCACUGAGGUAUCUUGGCCCUAAGUGCCCACUAAUUGCAGUAAGUUCACUGAGGGCU